GGAGCAAGCUAUGAUAAACAUCUUAUUAAUUAUAUCAGAGAUAAUACCCAAUAAAUAAGGAAACUGAGGUAUACCGAUUUUAUUAAUUAAAAAGAAAAAAGGAAAAGAUAAAAAUAAAUCUACCUUAUAAAUCAAGAACCCUAAAGGUUACAAAUCAAAGCAGACUUAUCGUAUUCUCAUGCCUCUUCCUCCUAAACAAAGAGCCCUAGAUUUUUUCUUCUUCUGCAACAGAACCGAUGAACGUGAAUCAUCAUCACCGCUUAGGACCAGUACCAUGGACGAGGACAGUAUGGGCGGAGAACGUUGAUCAAGAGCUGGCUUGUUUGAAGGAAUGUCUUAAGCUAUAUCCAAAGAUAGCUUUUGAUACAGAGUACCCUGGGAUCAUGCACCGGACAUACCUACACUCCUCGGACGAUGAUUGCUACAAAACCAUGAAAGUUAACGUCGAAUCGUCAAAGCUGAUCCAGUGCGGCUUCACUUUGUUCAACGCGAAGGGAGAGAUUGGCGGCGUGUGGGAGAUUAAUUUCUCCAACUUUGGUGACCCCUCGGACACGCGCAACGAGAACUCGAUCGAUUUUCUGAAGAAACACGGCGUGGACUUGAACAAGAUUAGGAGCGAAGGAGUGGAUAUGUUUAAAUAUAACUUUUUCCCGAAGUUUUUGUCUGCCCUCUACUCCCAGAAGCACGUGGACCACGUGGAGUUUGUUGCUUUCCAAGGAGCGUACGACUUUGCUUACGUCCUGUCUAUUCUCAACUAUGGAAAAUUACCGGAGACUAGAGGGGAAUUUGCAUCAGAGGUUGUGAGAGUCUUUGGCGAAGUUUACGACUUGAAGGUGAUGGCUGGAUACUGCGACGGGCUCGGUGAACACCUCGGUUUAUCUAAACUAGCUCAGCUUCUCAAUAUCCCACGUGUGGGAAGAGCGCACCAUGCAGGUUCAGACAGUUUAAUGACCGCGCUUGUGUUUAUCAAGCUCAGACAUGUGUUUGAAGACUCUAAGUUUGCUAAAGGGAUGCUCUAUGGAAUUGGGAAAAGAAUGAUGGUUACUGCUACUACCACCACCACCGCCAUGCCUUCUUCGGUCUCUAUGCCUAUGAUGUGCCAGCAGAAUCUAGUUUCAUAUCCUUCUUCGGAUAUGAUCUUCCAUAAUGCUUACAUGCCAAGCUAUGAUCAUAAUAAUCAGGUUCUCUUCUGGAACCAUUUAGCUGUUCCGUGGAUGUCUUAUGAUAAUGGUAUGUAUGUCAAUCAGCUUAAUCAUGUACCGUCGAGCACAUUCGCAUACCCGUAUCAGACACCGUAUGCUGCUGAUUACCUUGGUCAGCUUCCGGAUUACUACAAUAAUUAUUGCUAGUUUGAGAUUUUUUUCCAGCUUUUAGGACUUAUUUAGAUGGAACUGGGAUUUUUUUUGUUUUAUUUUUCUAGCCUUGGUUUUCUUUAAUAUUGAUGGGUUGUUUUACUCUAUCAACUGUGGGCAUGCUUGUCUGCAAUCUGUUUUAAAUAAAACCAAACUAUUCUACAUAUCUUUCAUGAACUAUUGUUUUUCUUUCUUCCUCCAUACAGAUAUCAUAUAUUAUGCACAUUGUGUCAUCCCUGCUCCAAAUGGCUAUAAUAUUAGGUUGCUAGUGCUCUGUAUGAAACUUGGACAAAUUCUAGGUAGCAUAUAUAUAAGCUAGUGGCUAGUCUAAAACCACUACUUGUUAGGUGUGCACUAGCUAAAACUCAAUCAAGAAUCAUAAUGUUGGAUUGUGGAGAACUAUAGUUUCUACUUAAUUCAGCAGAAACGUUAUCCUUGUUUACAUUUCUGGGGAGUGGCCAGGAAAUUUUGAAUUGAACCUUUGGUGCCUGCAUCAACGUUUAGAUAGAUAGUUAUGCGUCUACCUGUCACAGUCAAGCUGUAGAAGCACGGUCAGUAUGUUUGUUACGGAAUUCAUUCAUAGAAGUGUGUGAGUAAAAGGAAUAUACUGAAAACAUGUGAGAAGAUGCGUAUUAGCUACUCUAUGUUUGUUGUCAACCUCCACUCUUGUAUCAUUGAUGCGGUCCCUGGUACGUAGCUCUACUGCCACAACAUAGUUAUGUUCAUAUCCCGCAACAUUCAAUCUCACAGACCAACCAGGAAACAGCCUAAAAUCUUUGCCAUACUAUUAAACUGAUAAACUGAAUCUGCAUGUAUAUUUUGUUUUCGAAAAGACAAAUAAUAAUUUGAGAAGUCCACUGAAAAUCGAAAAAUUAUCAUAAAGUUUUUAUUACAUUAACAUAUAGUCUUUAACCAAAGGUUACGCAACUUGCAUUGUCACAAAAUAACGAGUCCGAGCGGUGAUGUUUACGUAAAACUGCACCAAACUCAAACAACCAGCGGUUGUGACUCCUCCAAAUCUCAAUCAGCUCCGAUCAGAUCCAAACACCACUCUCGAUCCAGCAUGAGACGACUUCUUAUUUCGUCAAUGUUUUGAUUUGGUUUUGAGCUCGGAAUCAUUGAGUAGCUCCUGAUUUCGAAUUGGUUGGAGCUUGAUCCCCCCUUGUCGCAUUUCACUCCAUUUUUUGAGCUGAAUUGGAACUCAGAUUCGUUCAUGUUGAGUUCCUUUCUUUUAUGUGCUUGUUUUCAUUCUGCUUUGGAAGAUGCUGUGUUUGAAUAUAAUUAUACGAAUAUGGUGUAAAUUAUACAAACUAAGUGUUGUAUUUAAGUAAAAUAAGAUUUAUAAAUAAAUAUAAAUGAUAUUUACAUGUCACAAUAAUAAAGUUUUAUCACGAAGGGGAAAUAAAUAAAAUUCAUUGAUAUCAAAAUAAAGAAACUAUUUUAUAAACAAAAAAGAGAUGAAACAAUCCAUUUAACAAGUGUAUACAACCAAUAGCGAUUUAUUCAAUUUGUUUAAUAAAAUACAAAAAAAUUAGACUGCUAAUAUAUCUUCAUCUUUUUAGUCAAGCUAUAAAAUUUUGGUGAAUACGAAUAAUUUGAUGGUUGAAAUAUACUUUUGUAUCAUCCACUAAUUAUACACUUUCCAUUCAAACUCUAAGUCCACCUAACAAACUUUAUUCACUAAAUAGGCAUGUUUGUAUUUAAUUUGGAUAAUUAAAAAGCCGUAACGAGUUUUUCAUGAGUAAAAUAUUCCAUGUUGCACAACAACAUAAUGACACACAUGUAAAUUUUACAUUAGCCGAGUUAAUAUUAAUAAAACAAAAGUUGAGUCCUCUUCAACUUAAGUAUGAAGUAUAAAAUCAUGCACACCAAACACUCUUUUUCUCUUUCAGUCGCCAUCAACACUUCUAGAAAAUCUCAUAAAAACAAGAUUAAGCUUGGCUGUUUUGUUGGAUAUUAUACCAGUGAGCAGUUUGAGAGAGUACAAGCAAAGAUAAUCUUUAUGCUCUUUAGCGUAAUGACGAUAUUGUGGUAUUGUUUUAUGGAGAAACAAAAACAAGCUAAAUACUCAAAGAAAAAACAAAUAGCAAAAUCAUAUUCCAUGCCACUAUCUCUUCCACGUUCGUAACAUUGGCCAUGAUCGACAUCCACUUCUUCAUUACUCUCUUUAAAUGUAAUUGUUAAAUGUGUUUAGAAAUUGAUGAAAUAAAAUUAAUGAGUAUAAAUAAAACACAUCAAAUAAAAUAGAUUCAUUCCUUGUUAAAUUUGUUACAGAAUAAUUUCUCAUGUUUUUUGUUUAUUUAUUUGUGGAAUUUAUGUAAUAACUAUUACAUUUCAUUAAAGUUAAAUGGUAAAAAUAAUUUUAGAAUUGAUGGAAUAAAUGCAUUCAUAGUGCAUUCUUAAAUGCAUUUAUUAUACUAUUUGUUGCUUUUUAUCAAUAGAAAGUUAUGUAAUACAAAAAAAAUUCCAAUUCUCAUUUUUGUAUUUUUGGUUCAUAGAAAACCUGACAUGGAAUAACCCCAAAAGUUUUUUCUUAAAAUUCAGCAAGGCGCAUUAGCUCAGUUAGUUAGAUCGCCUUGCUGAUAACGCAAAUGUUGCAUGGAAAAUCUAGCAGCCGCCGCCGGAUUGGAUAAGUGAAUGAAUUUGACCACCACCACCAAACCAGACAGCGUUUUAUUUUUAUGUAUUCUUUCAUAUUUCAAAAACAUCGGCUGCGCACGCAUCUGUCCGCCGCCGAUUUGUAUUUUGUAUUUUUGUAUUUGUAUUUCGGAUCGUAUUAUGUAUUUUGGAUCUUAUUUUAAUAAUAUAAUAAUUAAUAUUAUCUCUGAGCGGGCAUACUAUCUUUUAUUUAAAUUGAAUGGGUUGUAUUUGUUUUGAGCUCUCGAAUCCGACCAAGAUUGAGAGAAUUUCUCUUUCCGGCGUCAGUAUUGGUCGGAGUUUAAGUCUCCAUUGGCGCUUCACCCGAUUACUUGAGCCGAUUAUUUGGAGCUUGCUUUGAUUGAGUUGUGUCCUGCUUAGAACAUCUUCAACCCAACCUCAAAUCUUUAAAUUUUGAAGUUUUUAUCAUUCCAAUCCAACUUCAAAUUCUCAAAUUUUGAGAUUUUAAAUAGUGACACUUCAAAUUUGAGGUUUUACUAUUCAAAACCUCAAAACUACUAUUCAUUUUCUUUUUAGUCCUUACAAUUAUUUUCUUUCGCAAAUACAUCUAUUAUUUUCUUUCGCAAAUACAUCUACUAACUCUAUUUAGAAUACCUUAAAUACACCAAAAUAAAAUAAAAUUGAAUAAAUAUUACAUACUAUUAAAAUAAAAUUCACACAAAUAGAAGUAUACAUUAAAUAAAGGUCACACAAAAUUAAAUACAUUAAACAAACUUAAGAUAAGUUAAAACAAUUAUAAACAUUUAGGGUAUGAAUGGUGACCAAGGAACGACGAGGAACAAAUGCAUUCCCUAACAUUCCUUAAAAAAAUCACCAUUCACAAGGAAUAAUUUUUCUUUCUCAUUCCCUAUCAUUCCUUUUUUUCACUAGUAGAAAUUACUCCUAUAGUCACGUUUUAGUCACUUAUGUGUGUGACUAUUUUUUGAUUAGUCACGAAAAAGUCUCGAUUAGUCACAAAAUAUGAAAAUAGGAAAAAACGUGACUAAUCGUGUCAUUUCCGUGGCACUAAUAGUCAUGUUUUUGUCACAAAAGAUAAUGUGACUAGAUAUACACACGUUUUGCCACAAUAAUUUCGUGACUAAUCGGACAUAAUUAAAAACCGUGACCAGAUGGUGUUACUUUUUUUAAGUAGUCAUGAAUUUGUCACAUUUUGUUCACGACUAUUUAAAUCUGUAAACCCUAAGUGAAAUUUUGAAACCCUAAACUCUGAAUAUGCAAUGUAGUUUACUAUAUUAUAGCUUAAACUAAGAUCUAACUCUUAUACAGAGUUAAAAGAUUUUAAUUUCUUUUUUCAAAUCAUAACUUUAAACAUAACCACAAACCCUACUUCAAACCCUACUUUAAACCUUACCACAAACCUUAUCCAAACAUCAAAACUUAAAUAAUAAAAUGACUCAAAUAUAAAAAUUUUAGUUAGUUAAAAAUGUAAAUAAAAAAUAUAAUUUUAUAUAUACUCAGAAGUCAAAUUUGUAGUUUAAAAACAAUUUUUAAUUUUUCUCCUUUUAAAUGUGAACUAAAUCAUUUUAAAUAUGGAUUGAAUCCUUUAAAAUUUUAAAUUCCUCAAUUUUGAAGUUAACUUCUACAUUACAUUUUUAAAUUUUAUAUCUAAUAAUCUAAAUUAUCUGAAAACUAUGAACCAAAUACCUAGAAAUAACAACCUAACGAUAAUAACAAAAUACAUAUAAUGGUAGAGGAUGCAUGUGUUACAAAGAAAAAAGAAAACAAAGUCGGGAAAAAAAGAAAAAAAAAGAAAGAAAGAUAAAAGCAAGAUACUUUAGUGAAAUUUUCUCAUUGGUCUAUACCUUUUGACAAGGAUAACUGUCUUAACCAUUGAUCAAUUUGAUCUAAUGGCUCAUAUUACUUCCUUCCUUUUUCUCUCGUUCUCCCAUGUACCUUUUCCUCUGUAAACAAGUAUUAUCUUCUUCUACAAACGAUUCUCUUCCUCUUAACACAAACAAAUCGAUUUCAUCGAUUCUGGUCACCUAAUUCCUUUCUUCUACUCCACUCACAUAAUCUUUUCACCAACCACUAUAGUAUUUUAUCAAACCGAAUCUCUUCCUUCUGCCAUCACCAGAUCUCCUUCACUGUCUACCAAAUCUACUCCUACGAUACGAUGUUGUUGUUGCGCCUGAGACUGGUGUGAAAUGCAGUUAUCGUCGGAGUUGUUCUCGCACACGGAGAUUCGAUGUUCGGCAUCAGAUCUAGAUCGUACAAACAUCUCGGCUCACAGAUCUGGUAUGAGACAAUUUGGAGUAAAGAACAGCUGGAGUAGUGGAGGCACACCAGAGGCGAAGGAUGAGAUAGCAGAGACAUGCCGCAUGUAGUGACGAGGCGGAGGAGUGACGAACCGCAGGCAGAGGCGCGACUAACCGAAUGCAGAGGCGCGACGUGACAAACCAGAGGCUAGGGCGGAGCUGUGCCGGCGAAGUUAAAUCUCCGGUCAAGCUCACGCUUUUGUAUAUGUGUGUAUAUAUGUUAUACUUAUAUGUAUGAUAUAUAAAUAUGUAUAUGACACCAUAUAUACGAAAAACAUAUUUGUAUUGUUUUUUAA